UCCGUAAUCAAGUCUCUGCGCGUUUUCAGUUGCAUACUGAUCGUCGUCGUGGCAAGUUCGCGCGCGUAAUCGCUUAAACGUUGCGCGAUACCACGUGCACAUCUCCUGCGAAUUUUAUUCCAUGCUCCUUCGUGUGUACAACAUACAACAUGGAUAUAUCGACUGUGGACGCAUCGCAACCGAAGGCUAUAAGAAUGGCAGGAUCAGCUCAGAGCGAAAGCGGGCCAGAAGCACAUGAUGAGUCAUUUUUCAGCAUUCUGGACAUAGCACUGGUUGUUGGUCUCUUCUUAGCGGCAGCAUGGUGGCUCUUGAAAAGAAAAAAGCGGGAAGAACUCACGCCAACAACAAAAUCCUACUCUAUCCAACCGACGUCAUUCGCCGCGGUACCACCAUCGGAGAAUUCCUUUAUCAAAAAACUGAAGUCGUCUGGGCGAAGUUUAGUCGUAUUCUAUGGUAGCCAAACAGGUACUGCUGAAGAAUUCGCUGGUCGUCUCGCCAAAGAGGGUAUCAGAUACAAGAUGAAAGGCAUGGUGGCCGACCCCGAGGAAUGCGACAUGGAGGAGUUGAUACACUUGAAAACUAUUCCAAACAGUUUGGCAGUGUUUUGUUUGGCCACAUAUGGAGAGGGCGAUCCCACCGAUAACGCGAUGGAGUACAUUGAGUGGCUCAAGAACGGUGACGGUGAUCUCACAGGAUUAAAUUAUGCGGUAUUCGGGCUGGGUAAUAAAACCUAUGAACACUAUAAUGAGAUUGGAAUAUAUGUGGAUCACAGAUUGGAGCAACUGGGUGCUACGCGCGUUUGCGAGUUGGGCCUUGGGGACGAUGACGCAAACAUAGAGGAUGACUUUAUUACGUGGAAAGAUAAAUUUUGGCCGGCCGUCUGUGAGUUCUUUGGCAUCGAAGGUGCUGGCGAGGAUGUCAGUAUUCGACAAUACAAACUUACGGAACACGUAGAUCUACCAGCCGAUCGCAUCUACACUGGAGAGCUCGCUCGGCUUCAUUCCUUUGUGAAUCAGAGACCGCCGUAUGAUGCGAAAAACCCAUUCUUGGCUCCUGUGAAAGUGAACCGCGAAUUACAUGGUCCAACAUCCGACAGAUCAUGCAUGCAUAUAGAAUUCAACAUCGAAGGCUCCAAAAUGCGUUACGAGACAGGUGAUCAUUUGGCCGUCUAUCCCGUGAACAACGCAGAGCUGGUAAACAAAAUUGGUGAACAAUGCGGCGCGAAUUUGGAUACUGUUUUCACCCUUACGAAUACAGACGAAGAAUCCUCAAAGAAGCAUCCAUUCCCUUGCCCUUGCAGCUAUAGGACUGCUUUAACACAUUACUUAGAUAUUACAAGUAAUCCACGCACACACAUUCUCAAGGAGUUAGCGGAAUACGCGACCGAUCCCGCAGAUAAGGAGAAACUAAAACUGAUGGCGUCGACCACCGCAGAGGGCAAAACUGCUUAUCAACAAUGGAUAAUUCAAGAGAAUCGCAAUAUUGUGCAUAUUUUAGAGGAUAUUCCCAGCUUGAAGCCACCUCUAGAUCAUCUGUGCGAAAUUUUGCCACGAUUACAAUGUCGAUACUACUCAAUAUCUUCGUCUCCGAAGCUUCAUCCAACUUCGAUCCAUAUUACGGCAGUAGUGGUGGAGUACAAAACUCCGAUUGGCAGAAUAAACAAGGGUGUAACGACCAAUUGGUUGAAGGAGAAACAUCCCUCCGAUCCACCUUGUCUCGUCCCAAUUUUUGUAAGGAAAUCUCAGUUCCGCUUACCAACGCGCCUGAAUAUCCCCAUCAUCAUGGUUGGUCCGGGAACUGGUUUAGCGCCAUUCAGGGGCUUUAUACAAGAACGAGCUUUUGCUAGGAAAGAAGGUAAAGAGACAAGCGACACAAUAUUGUACUUUGGAUGCAGAAAAAGCCAAGAGGAUUAUCUUUAUCGUGAAGAAUUAGAGCAGUAUGUGAAGGACGGCACUUUAACAUUGCACACCGCGUUCAGCCGGGAACAACCGCACAAAGUCUACGUCACACAUUUACUUGAGAAGAACAAGGAGGAAAUAUGGCGUGUCAUCGGUGAACAAAACGGACAUAUUUAUGUUUGCGGGGAUGCAAGAAACAUGGCUCGCGAUGUGCACAAUAUAUUGCUCAAAGUGGUGAUGGAACGUGGCAAUAUGUCAGAACUUGAUGCUGCAAAUUAUAUCAAGAAGUUGGAGUCACAAAAACGAUACUCUAGUGAUGUUUGGAGUUGAGCUAUAUUAAUUGUAUCAUAGAAAAAUAUACAGAAGAAUUUUUUAAAGUGCGAGGGCCAGAGCUUGAUGCUUGAUUCAUUAAAAUAACGGAACGGUAGUAUAAUGACAUUCAGUCAAAUCGUAUCUCAUUUUCUCUAUCUUCAUUCGAUAAGUUUUAUUCCGUCAUCAUAUCCUGCC